AUGACAUCACAAAUAUCAAGGCUCGACCGGCAGGUUAUCCUGCUGGAAACAGGGUCUACACAGGCGGUGCGCAACAUGGCCGCGGACCAGCUCGGAGAUCUGGCAAAAUUGCAUCCCGAGGACACGUUGUCGCUUCUGUCGCGUGUUUACCCGUUUCUGCUGGCGAAAAAAUGGGAGACACGAACCACGGCGGCUCGCGCCGUGGGCGGGAUCGUGAGCCACGCACCCGCGUGGGACCCGAAUUCAGAGGACGGUGAGAGCGAUACCGAUGACAGUGCUGUAAGUCGAGGAGGAGAAGCAGAUGCGAAGGCACGUGACAACCCAAAGGUCACGAGCGACGACGGCGUCGGCGACGGGGCCAUCGGUGUGAAUGGCGAGCACGUGACCGGCACCGAGGACGACGGCGUCGGUCAGAAUGCCAAAGUCAAGAUCGAGCAAGAAAUGCAGCUCAAGCUCGAAGAAUUGGACGACAGUGACGAAUGGAAGUCGCUUCAGGACGACAGCGACCUGUUUUCACUCUUCGAUUGGAAUCUAGGAGAAGUGUUGAAGACAGGCAAAACGCUGCUGGCGUCGAGCAUACACACAUUUCCAGCGUCAGAAGCGCCGGAUCCACCCCAAAAAUUAGCGAAAACGGAGGAAAGUGGCAAAUUAGAGGAAAACGUGGCCAACGGGUCGCUUGAGGCUGGCGCUGGUGCAAUACCGCCACUAGAGUCGAAGAAAAGCGCACGAAUGAUGGCAAUGGCCAAACGGAAAAGAAAGAUUCAGGCCAGAACUACCACCAAGAAACCGGUCGACUUAUCUCAAAGCUCGAUCUCUAGAAAUCUAUUGGCCCAGGAGGAUUCCAGCCAGAGUCCGACACCUUCUCCUUCCGGUCUGGCCAAUGCAAAGCUAGAGAUCACUGAACAGACGGAUAAGAAGAAGAUUAUGGUGGAAUCUAUGGUAACGCCCCUUCUGGAAAAGCACGAGAAAAUUUCUGGCCUUGUCUGGCAGUUCCAAGGGAUUUAUGAACUAUUACUAGAAAACUUAAUGAAUGACGCAUGGGAAAUAAGGCACGGUGCUGCGCUAGGGCUGCGAGAGAUAAUGAAGAAACAUGCUAAGAGUGUGGCGAGGAUAAAGGGAAAGCUCAAGGAACAAAACGAUCGUCGAAAUCAACGAGCUCUGGAGGAUCUGGCUACCAGACUCCUGACCGUCUUCGCGCUGGAUCGGUUUGGUGAUUUCGUCUACGAUACGGUCGUUGCACCCGUGAGAGAAUCGGCUGCUCAAACGCUUGCUGCUUUGCUUUUACAUCUAAACGACGAGUUGUCCGUUAAAAUAUUCGGUGCUUUGGAGCAACUGGUGCUGCAAGAUCCUCGAAUAGUAGGCCUUCCAACCAAAAUUUGGGAAGCAACGCACGGUGGACUGCUUGGAAUACGCUAUUUCGUCAGCAUCAAGACAGAUUUUCUAUUUCGCAAGGGACUUUUGAACAACGUGGUCAACAUCGUGCUCUAUGGUCUCAAGGAACCAGACGACGACGUACAAAGUGUUGCUGCUGCCAUUCUGACCCCUAUCACUUCGGAAUUUGUAAAGUUGGAAGCGUCUACUGUUGAUCUCGUUUUGACAACGAUUUGGAGCUCCCUUACCCAUCUGGAGGAUGACUUGUCAUCCAGUGUUGGGUCAGUAAUGGAUCUGUUAGCUAAACUCUGUCAACAUCAAGAAGUUCUGGACGUGCUUAAGGCCAAGGCAUUUUCACAACCACUGGAAUGGUCCUUCAAAAGUUUGGUUCCAAAACUCUACCCAUUUUUGCGCCACUCGAUUACGAAUGUUCGAAUUGCUGUGCUUAAUUUGCUACAGGCUUUUUUGUCGAUUAAAGAUGACUUCAGCAAACUUUGGAUCAAUGGAAAGGUUUUCCGCUUGAUAUUCCAAAAUAUUUUACUAGAACAGAAUCCAAGCGUCUUACAAAUGUCAUUCGAUGUAUACGUUGGUAUGCUGUCGGAGUUCAAGGUUAAAAAUCCUGACAAAGACUUAGACCACUUGUUUGGCAAGCACUUGGCACCAAUACUUCAUUUACUAAUAACACCAAUUGGUGAGCAAGGCAAGAGUUAUAAUAUGGAACUGCAGUACAUUUUGAAACCUUCACCACACUAUCAACUGCAUUCCGAACGUAAGAGAAACUCUUCAAUGACCGUAAAAUCCGACAUACCGCCACCUGCGAACAGCGAACGUGUCAAUAUUGAUGCUCCGAUGCUUGCAGGCGAUAUUACGCUAUUGGGUACAGAGGUCAUUGUGAAUACGAGAACUAUGGCUGCGAAGGCUUUGGGAAUUACCCUAUCAAUGUUUCAAGAAACGACCUUGAAGUCUUUCUUCUCAAAUGUUUUACUCGAUUGCCUCAAGCUCCCCUACGCGACUCCGAGACUUCUUGUGGCCGUUAUCAUCUCCGAGUUUUGCAUAAACGUAGAAAAGAACUUUCAAAGCACUCAUGCGGGAUGUCCAGCAUUCCUCGCUGAAACUUUCGGUCCGCUCUUGUCUGAGGGUCUCUCAGACCCGUCCACGUUCCCUCCUUUCAGGGAAUUAGUUCCAAGUCUGAAAGCCCUUAGAACGCAAUGCCAGAGUUUGCUAUCUACUUUUGUAGAUGUUGGCAUGUUACCACCUCAAAGGUUGCCACAAUUGGCGAUCAUAGUUCAGGGUGAAUCCGAGGCAGGACCAGAAGCUUUUGGCAUUAAAACAGCGGAGAAGGUAUAUGGAGAGAUAAGCGAUAAACUGUUCAAGCAUUUGAGCAACUCCUACAAGAUUUUGACCAAGAAACCUCUUGAAGAUGCGAAAUACCGUGUAUUACAAGCAAUCGAGACCGCCAAGGAGGUCAGCAGGGCACGGUACUGUAGUAUAUUGGCCAAUUACGCAUGUGCAAUCCUUCAAUUUAGUGGAUUGCCGACGAAGCUAAAUUCUUUCAUUCGUGCAUUGAUGGAUAGCAUAAAAGAGGAGAAGUAUUCAAUUUUGCGCCAGAGGUCGGGUGAUGCUAUAAAGACUCUGGUGGUAAAUCUGGUCCAAAAGGGCAAGUCUAAUGUCGCAAACAAGAUUGUUAAGAAUCUAUGUGGGUUUCUUUGUGUCGACACUUCCGAGGUACCUGAGUUCGGGCCCAAUUUUGAUCUGCGUACUUCCAUUCUCACCCUUCGUCGGGAGCAAAAUGCGUUAGCCAUGCAAGAGGAUGCUCGUGCUAAGAAGCUUGCCGAAGAUGCUCACAUUAAAAGAGAGGGUGCUAUGUACACUCUGAGCGAGCUGUUGAUUGACAAAGGUGAAAAAGUUUUAGAACUCGUCCCACAAAUAAACCAGUCAAUAUUCGAACCGCUUCAACGAUGCGAUCUAAAUUUCGACGAGACGGAAAAUGUAAACACUAAAGGUCAAGAAGUAGUAGACGCCCUCGGGAUUCUCCGAGCUCUAUUCGUCUAUAUGCAUCCAAGCUUACAGGAGCGGGAAGUUCUUCCGAGGUUGCCCGCCUUGCUCAAAUUCCUGAGAUCAGACUUUGCGGUUCUGAGGUAUUCCGCCGCAAGAACUUUUGCUGAUCUGGCUACUGUUUUGCCUCUCAAGAUCAUUCCUUUUAUAAUAAGGGAGGCUUUACCGCUCAUGAACAAUCCCUCCUCUGUCACGGAUAGGCAAGGUCUCACAGAACUUGUAUACCACCUAUCUCAGUACAUGGGCUCCGAUAUUUUACCUUAUGUGGUCUUCUUAAUUGUACCGUUAUUAGGCAGAAUGAGUGAUGCUAAUCAGGACGUUAGAACUUUGGCCACAACAACUUUUGCAUCCAUUAUCAAGUUGGUCCCAUUGGAGGCGGGUAUACCUGAUCCCGAGGGAAUGCCCAGCGAACUGUUGGAGGGGCGUGAGAGGGAGCGAGAUUUCUUACAGCAAAUGAUGGAUCCUUCGAAGGCAAAACCUUUCAAGUGCCCCGUCGCGAUCAAAACCAGCCUAAGAAAGUACCAGCAAGACGGUGUGAAUUGGCUUGCGUUCUUGAACAAGUAUCAUUUGCACGGUAUUUUAUGUGAUGACAUGGGCCUCGGGAAAACUCUACAAACGAUUUGCAUCAUUGCGAGCGAUCAGUAUUUGAGACAUCAAAAUUACGAAGCAUCCAGUGCGGUCGAAUCGAGACCUCUCCCUUCGCUGAUCGUGUGCCCGCCAUCGUUAACAGGGCAUUGGGAACAGGAGUUUGAACAGUACGCACCGUUCUUGAAAGUACUAAUCUAUGCGGGGGGGCCUUCGAUGAGGUUUCCUUUAAGACAUAAACUCGACACUGCCGACAUCGUUGUUACCUCUUAUGAUGUAGCAAGAAACGACAUCGAUGUGAUAACCAAAUAUGAUUUCAACUACUGCGUCUUAGACGAGGGACACAUCAUCAAGAACGCACAAUCGAAGCUUUCGAAAGCUGUUAAGUUGGUACAAGCAAAUCACAGACUAAUUUUGACUGGUACGCCUAUUCAAAAUAAUGUGGUCGAACUGUGGUCGUUAUUUGAUUUCCUGAUGCCAGGAUUUCUGGGUACUGAAAAAAUGUUCCACGAAAGGUUUGCCAAGCCCGUGGCCGCAUCUCGUAACAGCAAAACGUCCUCCAAGGAACAAGAGGCGGGCGCUCUUGCCCUUGACGCUCUCCACAAGCAGGUAUUACCUUUCAUGCUCCGGAGACUCAAAGAGGACGUCUUAUCGGAUUUACCUCCCAAAAUUAUACAGGAUUACUACUGCGAACUCAGUGACCUUCAAAAACAACUUUACAAGGAUUUCGCUAAAAAGCAAAAGCAUAAUGUCGAAAGAGACAUUGAGCAUGCCUCCGACGUUGAGAACAAACAGCACAUAUUCCAAGCAUUGCAAUACAUGAGGAAGUUGUGUAAUCAUCCUUCUCUGGUACUAUCGCCAAGCCAUCCCCAAUGGUUUCAAGUUCAAGAAUACUUAAAGCAGACUGGGUUGAGCAUGCAUGAUUUGUCGCAUGCGCCCAAAUUAGGCGCGCUGCAAAAUUUACUUUUGGAAUGUGGUAUCGGAACCGAGGACCUUGAAAAGAAAAGUAAAGGUGAUUUGCCAUCUAUGGAUAACGUUAUCAGUCAGCACAGAGCUUUGAUUUUCUGUCAACUCAAGGACAUGCUUGAUAUGGUGGAAAAUGAUCUAUUCAAAAAAUAUAUGCCUUCUGUGACUUAUAUGCGGCUCGACGGGUCCGUUGAAUCUCGGGACCGACAAGCUCUGGUCCGAAAAUUCAAUGAAGACCCCUCGAUUGAUUGUCUACUCCUAACUACAAAAGUAGGUGGUUUGGGACUCAACUUAACCGGUGCUGACACUGUUAUAUUUGUCGAGCAUGAUUGGAACCCCAUGAAUGAUCUCCAAGCAAUGGAUCGUGCACACAGAAUUGGCCAGAAAAAAGUCGUUAACGUUUACAGAAUUAUCACCAAGGGCACUCUCGAAGAGAAAAUCAUGGGUUUACAAAAAUUUAAAAUGAAUAUUGCGUCGACCGUCAUAAAUCAACAAAACUCGGGUCUGGCGUCCAUGGAUACUCAUCAGUUGUUAGAUUUAUUCGAUGCCGAUAAUGUACCCUCGCAGGAAGCAGAAGAAGGAACACCUAAUGCUGCCAAGAACGGGAAAAUGGAUGAUAUCGCCAACGAAAGUGGACUAACCGGGAAGGCUAAAGAAGCUGUAGGAGAACUCAAAGAGCUAUGGGAUAGCUCUCAAUACGAGGAGGAGUACAAUUUGGACAAUUUUAUCAAGACUUUACAUUGA